UAUCAAGAGUCAUAGUUUUGUUUUCCUUUCCUCACAGCUGUUGGAAAAAAAAAACAAGCCCAGUUUCGUUUUUCUUACAGCUGAGUCAAUAAAAGGACCAGCUGUAAACCCUUUACAGCCUCAUUCACCAACAUGUUUUCGUGGGGUGAGGACUAUCGGCAGAGCUUUCGCCAGAAAAAGGCCUCAAAUGUCCCGACUUCAGAUCGAGUUCAUUUUUUAAACCUCAGCUUCCGCAUCAGGGACCUUUCUGCUGCUCACAAUGUUCUCGCUUUCGUCAAAGAUGCUGGAGACGCGUCUAUAAUCCGCACACAGGAGAGCGGAGAUGGGAGAAGAGGGAGGCAAAAGUUUGUUGAUUGUGGUGAGAAGAUCCAGGCUGUUAGCUGUGGAGAUGAUGUUGUCUGCCUUCUGUCUGAUGGAGGUAAAAUCUUCUGCGUGGACCCAAAUAUCACUCCGUUCACUCCCAGACCUCCACCAGUGCUGUCCAGCAUCAUAGUGACCCAGAUUGCCUGUGGGAGCCAUCAUACUAUUGCACUCACCAAAGAUGAUCAAGUGUACACAUGGGGCCAGGACUCCAGGGGUCAGCUGGGACUGGGUGGGAGUAAUUCUGGAGCCAGUUCACCUCAACACAUCAGAUCUCUGUCAGCCAUCCCGGUGGUUCAGAUCUCUGCAGGAGGAGAGCAUAGCUUUGCUCUCACCGUGUCCGGAGGCGUGUUCGGUUGGGGCAGAAAUGACUGUGGACAGCUCGGACUGGGAGACACUGAAGAUAGAACCACACCAGUGCCAGUCAAUUAUCUGAACACGAAGAAAGUCAUUCAUAUUUCCAGUGGACAGGAACACACUGUUGCUCUGACAAAGGACGGUGCAGUGUUUACGUUUGGCUCCAGCCGAUACGGACAGCUUGGACACAACUCAUUCCGAAAUGAGCUCCGUCCUCGGCUUGUUGGAGAGCUCUGGGGGGCAAAGGUCACCAAAACUGCAUGUGGGAGAUAUCACACAUUAGUGCUGACAGACCGUAUGAAGGCGUACUCCUUUGGCUGUAAUGACCAUCAGCAGCUGGGACGUGACGAGGAGAGUCAUCCGUCUGUCCCACUACCUGUACAAAUACCUCUCUGUCCCACAAACGGUCACCGGAUUGAAAAUAUCUUCGCUGGAGCAGAUAGUUCGUUUGCAACCUGGAGACCUAAAGAGGACGGAUUGAACUCAAAGAUCAACAUAACGCAACAGCCUAUUGAAAAACUGGUGGAUCAAAGGACCUCUGAUGCAAGGUUGGGACAAGUGACAAAACAGGAAAUUCAUAGAACAUUUUCCUCUGCUUCAAUUGUGAAUCGAAGUUUCCUUGACCAAAGCAAAGAUAAGCAUUUCCGGACCUCAACAAACUACCCUGGUUUGGAUUUACCGUUGGCCAUAAGUGUGUUUGAAAACCUGUUAACUGAGGAUGUUCUUCAAACCGAGGUGGAAAAGGCUGUCCUGCUGUUGCUUCCUCGUCUUGAUAACAAACCGGUGGGAAUGGAGGGUCUGAGGGUCUUCCUGGUUCUGACUGAGCUUCUUCAUGUGACUCAGAAAUAUUGUCAGCCACAGACCUCCUCAACAAGCCUGAAGCUGGUUGAGGAAAUUAGUGUUGCCUUCCAAAAACUUUCUCCUGAAAGCCUCCGGAUUAUAGGAGACUGGUGGUAUUCACUGUUACCCUCUACAAUGGUCAGACAUGUAAAUGUAUGGAAGACGGCCCUCUCAUGGAGAGUUUCUCGCUACUCAUUCAAGUGUAUCCUGCUGAUCCUCCAGAAUCUGUUCGAGGCCAACAGGAAGAAAAUCCCUGAAAAGACAUUUUGGGUGGAGUUUCACCCAACAUUUCUUCAAGAAGAUCUGCAGCUCUGGCGUAGAAUGUCACUAAACAGGAUGAGGGAUAAUCAACCCCUCAUGCUCUGUGAUUUUGCAUUUGUUAUGGAUCUGAAGUCAAAGAAAAUGGUUUUUGACUUGAACGCUGCUUGGACUCAGGAGGAGCAUCAGAGGGUUUUUGUUCCUCCCUUUGGAUGGACUCCUCAGUCAAAUUGUUUUUUUGAACUCGACCUGAGCCGAGCUUCACUUUUGGAGGAAACCUUCGUUCAGCUGGCCUCUGCUCAUCAAACUGACCUUAAGAAGCCACUUGUGGUGUACCUUGAUGGAGACUCAAAGGUCACACGAGUCUAUAGAUCAGAUUUUUUUCACCACCUCAACAUAGUUAAAGAAAAAGGAGAGAUGUUCAUGUUGAACGAGUCUAAAACACUAGCCUGGUUCUCCUCCAAAGCAGCAGAGAGAGACCAGGCAAACUUCCACCUGUUGGGGAUUCUGUGUGGAUUGGCCUUAUACAAUAACAGCUUCAUACAAUUUCCCUUCCCACUGGUUCUGUUCAAAAAGCUGCUCGACAUUGAGCCAACUCUGGAAGAUAUGAUGGAGUUCAACGAAGGAGUUGGCAGGCAUCUGCAGUACAUAUUGGACUACAAAGACGACCUGGAAGACCUGUUUAUCACCUUCGAGAUUAACUGGGAUGAGACAGAUGUUGACCUUGAUCCUAGUAAUCCAGGAAAGCCGGUCACAAACCAAAAUAAGAAGGAGUUUGUGGAUGCCUACGUGAAUUAUGCCUUCAACAAGUCAGUGGAAGGCGUGUUUCAGGAGUUCAAGCGCGGUUUCUUCCUGGUGUGUGACCAGCAGCUGGUGAAGCUUUUUAGACCAGAGGAGCUGCAGAGAGUCUUGGUGGGUGGAGACGUCUAUAACUGGGUGAAGCUCAAACAGAACACACAGUAUGAGUGGGUCAGUGACAAACACCCAACCAUACAGAUGUUUUGGGAAGUUUUUGAUGAACUUACUGAAGAACAGAAAAAAGAUUUUAUUUUGUUUCUGACUGGGUUUCGGAAAGUCCCUGUUCUUGGCAUGGAUCAGAUCAGGAUGACAAUAAGAAUAAAACAAAUCCUGGGUGGCCUCGAUGAUGAGCAAUUCCCAGAGUCAUUGACAUGUCACUCCAUUCUUGAAUUGCCGUUGUACUCGACCAAAGAGAUCAUGCGGGAAAGACUGACAGAGGCCCUGGAAUCAAAUAGAGGAUUCAGGACGUGAAUCUAUUAACAUAUCACACACUAACUCAGGGUAACAUAUUGCAAUGAACUGGAAAUGUGCCAUUUAAGCAACGUGAAGUCACAGCACUUAAAAAAAUAUAUAUCAUAUACAUUUACACUAAACAAAUGAGCAAUUUUUUUUCUGUGAUCUACUGCACUUAGUAUUUUUAUUUACACAAGCCUUUGACAAAUAAAGUAUUUUAUUAUUAUGUGAUGUACAGACAUGAAGUUCAGAGAACAAUUCAUUUCCUUGUACGUUUAUAUUUUUGGGUUCUCACUGCAACAUUGAGUUUAAGGUGUUAUUCUUAGUGUUGUUCCUGAUGUGACUUUGUUCCCUCUCUGUUUAAAUAAAGAGUAAAGAAGAUUAUUUAUUUAUUUUCUUUUAAUGAAACAUUGACCAACAUAUUUGAUGUGUAUGAUUUUGGUGAUGGCACUCAUAAAAAUGCGAUGUUUGUUCAAUUGUUGA